GAUGUACGAACUUCCGGUUGUCCCGGCAGGCUGCUGCCGCCGCCGCCGCCGAAGCCACCCGGCGCAGUCUCAGCCACCCGCUCUCCUCCGGAGAGUCGGCUCUGCGGUUCCGGCGCGCCCAUGGUCGGCGCUGCGGACCGGGAGGCCGGCCCGGCGGCUGCGGCGUGCUGAGAGGCCGGCGUGGAGACCAUGCCGACCCCGCGCGGCUGCUCCGGGCCUUGCCACUUCCUGGCUCCGGCCUUCGUGUUGUUGUUGCUGCCCGCUCUGAGCGGGUCCGGGGCGGUACCGUCGAUGGUGGUCAGGGAGGUGCAGGAGUCCAAGUCUCCCAAGCCCGGGCCGCACACGCUGUCGCCGCUUCCUCCGGGCCCCACCGCGGCCCAGCCUCGGGGCCAAGCUCAGUCUGAUGCUGCCGGGCUGCCAGGCGCGGAGAGCCGCAAUGACAGCAUCCCCGGGGCGGGGUCUGAGGCGGACGGCCUCGAAGGGAAGGCCGGAGAAGGUUCCCAGGGUGGCAGCCUGGCCGUGAGUCCCAGUCCUGGCGACAAACCCAUGACCCAGCGGGCCCUGACCGUGUUGGUGGUGGUGAGCGCCGCGGUGCUGGUGUACUUCGUGGUCAGGACCGUCAGGAUGAGAAGAAGAAACCGCAAGACUAGGAGGUACGGUGUUUUGGAUACGAACAUAGAGAACAUGGAAUUGACACCUUUAGAGCAAGACGAUGAGGAUGAUGACAACACAUUGUUUGAUGCCAAUCAUCCUAGAAGAUGAGUAUGUGCCUUUCAUGAGAAGAUUUCCAUAUUUCUACUGAAGAACAGAGUUUCUAUGUCUAAGGAAUAAGAAGCCACUCUAUCAAGGGGAGGGGAAUUUAAGUUACAUACAUUAUGUCAACCUUUAAUUUGUUGAUACUCAAUCCAUAGUGCAUCAUUUGGUUACAACUUUGUAUAUUUGGAACUGCUGUAUUUAUUAGUGUGCUCUGUGUUAUUAGGGACAAACUGUACUAUGCUGGAUUUUCUGUUUGAAAAUUAUUUUAAAACUGUUUUCUGCAGAGCUUUUGUCCCUGUCUUUUACCAUAUUAUUGUAACUUGGCUUUCUUUAUUAAUCCAUUGUUGUUGCUUUCGUUUUGUCAGUGUCAUAAUGUAAAGAACUAUAAGCCACAGCUAACUGCUAUGAAUAAAUACAAUUCUACUAAACUUUUUCCCGUUUUUAUGGAGAAAGAGCCAAAUCUACUGUUAUUUUUGAGUUUGUAAGUAGUAAUAAUUGUCUGUGCUAAAGUAUGAAAAAGAAUAAAUAUGAUUUAAAAUUAUUUAAGUGGUACAGAUAGAAUGUGUUUAUAAAAUAAAUACUGCAUAAUUAUAUAUUAACAUGUGUUUUAUAUUUAUAUACUGAGUCCAAAACAUAUGUUUCCUUGACUAUAGUGUCUCAGUGGAUCUCUGAGUUUGAGGUCAAGGAAGAAUCAGACAAAGAAGGUUGACUAUCUUGCUAGAGAUUAGAUAUUUUUGGAAAUCUAUGAAUUUCAAAUACAUUUGUAGUAUAAUGAGAGAGAGUUAAUAUAGAUUGCAUGGUUAUAAGUCUGAGUCUUGUCAGAGAUCAAGAGAUUGAAAAUUUUCAUCUGUAGACUUCGAAGUCAGGAUUUUAUCUAGAGACUAGCAUUAUCUUGCAACAAAUCCAUUCCCACCCAGGUCUGAUUUUUACAUAUUUUAAAAUUUAGAAGAAAACUUAGAGAAAACUCCAUUGCUUGUUAGCAUCAGUGAGGUCAUUGAAAUGUGUGACAAAAUGGAAUGAUCCCGAGUCAUACUGGUUUACAAGGAUGUUGUUAUUUAUUAACAUCAACUUUAUGAUGUCUACUUCUACUGUGUUUGACAGUUUCUCUGUAGUAAAGCUGGUUUAAAAAAUCUACCUCAAAAGCUAAACUUGGCUCUUUUAUAGACUUCUGCUUCAUGAUGAUGAAUUAAUUUGUUACUGACUAAAGCCAACCUUGAGGCUACUCUCAUUCAACAAGGCCACAAUAAAAUCUCCUCUCAGAAUGAGAAAAAGAUAAAAAGAAAAAUGGUUGUAUAUUUAAGUAUAACUCAGACCUGUAAUAUUUCAAAUAAAACUCAAAACUUCACAUACU